AUGGCGGACAUCAAGAUGCAGGUCGAGAACCCCCAAGAGACUGUCGAAGCUAUCAAGCAUGGGGAAAUCGACGAAUCAUUGUACAGUCGGCAGCUAUAUGUUCUUGGCCAUGAGGCCAUGAAGCGCAUGGGCUCUUCAAAUGUGCUGGUCGUAGGUCUCAAGGGCCUGGGCGUGGAAAUUGCCAAGAACAUCGCCCUUGCUGGUGUCAAAUCCCUUACGCUAUAUGACCCCGCGCCAGUCGCCAUCUCGGAUCUUUCAUCCCAAUUUUUCCUAAAGCCAGAGGAUGUCGGCAAACCCCGUGCUGAAGUUACCGCUCCAAGAGUCGCCGAAUUGAACUCCUACGUUCCUGUUACUGUCCAUGAGGGUGGAGAUCUUGUGGGCGACCUCGAACAAUUUAAGCGCUACCAGGCAGUUGUCCUCACGCAGACACCUUUGAAGGAACAACUGGCAAUUGCCGACUUCUGCCACAAGAACGGAAUCUACCUCACUAUUACCGAUACAUUUGGCCUCUUUGGUUACAUCUUCAACGACUUUGGAAAGAACUUCACUGUUGGCGAUCCUACCGGUGAGGAGCCUGCUGCUGGCAUAGUGGCGGGCAUCGACGAGGAAGGAUUGGUUUCGGCGCUCGACGAAACCCGACAUGGACUGGAGGAUGGUGACUUCGUCACUUUCACUGAAAUUAGGGGUAUGGAUGGCCUCAACAACAGUGAUCCUCGCAAGGUGACUGUGAAGGGUCCGUAUACCUUCACCAUUGGCGAUGUCUCCGGUCUAGGAUCCUACGAAGGCGGCGGUUUGUUCACCCAAGUCAAGAUGCCCAAGUUCAUUGACUUCCAACCCCUGGAGGAGCAGCUCAAGAAGCCUGAAAUCCUCCAGUCUGACUUCGCCAAGCUCGACCGACCGCCGCAACUUCACAUCGGUAUCCAGGCUCUCCACAAAUUUGCAGAGACCCAUGAUGGUCAAUUGCCUCGUCCCCAUAAUGAUAGCGACGCCCAAGAGGUUCUGAAGAUUGCUAACGACCUUGCUGCGGCUGGUGAGGAUCAGGUUGAGCUAGAUGAGAAAAUCAUCAAGGAACUCAGCUACCAGGCACGCGGUGAUCUGAAUCCGCUAGCUGCUUUCUUUGGUGGUAUCGCUGCCCAAGAGGUUCUGAAGGCCGUUUCAGGAAAGUUCAGCCCCAUCCACCAGUGGAUGUACUUUGACUCGUUGGAGUCUCUGCCAUCAUCUACCACUCGAUCUGAAGAGGCCUGCAAGCCUCUCGGUACCCGCUAUGAUGGUCAGAUCGCAGUGUUUGGUAAGGAGUAUCAGGAAAAGCUUGCCAAUGUUACGCAAUUCUUGGUUGGCUCCGGGGCUAUCGGUUGCGAGACCUUGAAGAACUGGGCUAUGAUGGGUCUGGGCACGGGUCCCAAAGGAAAGCUUUAUGUCACUGACAUGGAUCAAAUCGAGAAGAGCAACCUCAAUCGGCAGUUCCUCUUCCGGUCUAAGGAUGUCGGUAGACUCAAGAGUGAAUGCGCAUCCGCGGCUGCCCAGGCCAUGAAUCCGGAGUUGAAUGGUAAGAUUGUCACUCUCCGUGAUCGCGUUGGUGCCGAUACAGAACACAUCUUCAAUGAGGAAUUCUGGAACGGCCUUGACGGUGUGACAAAUGCUUUGGACAAUGUUGAUGCACGGACAUACGUCGAUCGCCGAUGUGUCUUCUUCCGCAAGCCGUUGCUGGAGAGUGGCACUCUUGGCACCAAGUGCAACACACAGGUCGUCCUUCCCUUCAUCACGGAGUCUUACUCCAGCUCCCAGGAUCCUCCAGAGAAGUCCUUCCCUAUGUGUACCCUGAAAAGUUUCCCGAACCGUAUUGAGCACACCAUCGCCUGGGCACGGGAUGUUUUCCAAACCUACUUCGUUGGCCCACCUGAGUCCGUUAACAUGUAUCUAUCCCAAGCCGACUACAUUCAACAGACACUCAAGCAGGCAGGCAAUGAGAAGCAGACUCUGGAGCACCUGCGUGACUUUUUGGUCACCGAAAAGCCCUUGACUUUCGAUGACUGUAUUGUGUGGGCUCGCCAGCAGUUUGAAGCGCAGUAUAACAACGCGAUUCAGCAGCUUCUCUACAAUUUCCCCCGCGACUCUAAGACGUCCUCUGGUCAACCGUUCUGGUCCGGACCGAAGCGUGCUCCUACGCCCUUGAAGUUCGACAGCCUCAACCCCACUCAUCUUGGAUUCGUUGAGGCCGGUGCCAAUCUCCACGCGUUUAACUAUGGCAUCAAGAAUCCCGGCGCCGACAAGGACUACUAUCGCAGGGUUGUUGAUGACAUGAUCAUCCCCGAGUUCACCCCCAGCUCGAAUGUAAAGAUUCAGGCCAACGAGAAUGACCCUGAUCCAAAUGCCCAGCCGUCUGGAUCUUCAAAUACCGACGAGGAGGAGAUCCGAAAGUUGGUGGAUCUUCUUCCCUCACCCAAGUCUCUCGCUGGCUUCCGCUUGCAGCCGGUUGAGUUUGAGAAGGACGAUGACACCAACUACCACAUCGACUUCAUCACCGCCGCUAGCAAUCUCCGCGCGGACAAUUACGACAUCCCUCAGGCUGACCGACACAAGACUAAGUUCAUCGCCGGCAAAAUCAUUCCUGCUAUUGCCACAACUACCGCUCUGGCCACAGGUCUUAUUGCCCUCGAGCUGUAUAAGAUUGUUGAUGGCAAUGACGACAUCGAGAAAUACAAGAACGGCUUCGUUAAUCUGGCACUUCCACUUUUCAGCUUCAGUGAGCCUAUCGCUAGCCAAAAGGGGACAUACCAGGGCAAGCAAGGCGAGGUAACUAUUGACAAACUCUGGGAUCGAUUUGAGGUGGAGGACAUUCCUCUCCAAGAGUUCCUUGACUUCUUCGCUGAAAAGGGCUUGGACAUCACCAUGGUCAGCUCUGGGGUCAGCUUGUUGUAUGCAAGCUUCUAUCCUCCCUCCAAGGUCAAGGACCGUCUUCCUCUGCCGAUGAGCAAGCUUGUGGAGCACGUCAGUAAGAAGCCAGUUCCAGAACACCAGAAGAACAUCAUCUUCGAGGUGACUGCCGAGGAUCAGACCGAAGAGGACGUGGAGAUUCCUUAUGUGAUGGUCAAACUUACAAAAUAA